AGGUUUCAAUAAUGAACGUGUGUUAGUGGUCUAAUUGCCUUUCUUCCUGUAUCCCUCUCUCUCUCUCUCCGCGCGCCUUCCUCUCUUAAAGCGGAGGAGAGCGGAGCGCGUGGCAGGUGUUCAGUAGCGCGAGACGCAUCGCUCCAGACGGUCUCCUCAAAGCAAACAGGGCAAAAAAAAAAAAGAAAAGGCGGAGGAAAACUUGCUUCACUGAGGGAAACAACCAGUGAGUAAGAAAGGACGAGAAUAAUUCAAACGUAUUUGAACUUUCCUCGGAAGCCGUUGAAGGAAACAAACAAAAAAAGCGACUCCACCGGCGUCGCAGCAGCGUUCAGACCCACUACUUUCUAACGCUUUGCGUUUUAAAACAUUUAAUUUGUGCGUAAACCUCCUAUUCUUUCGUUGUGAGAAGAGUUACACUUAGUUAUUUUGUCAUUGAACCUGUUGUGUCUUCUGUUUUCCCUGAGUAAUACGAGCUGCUGUCGCAUCACGGCGCGACAAGUGAAAUAGGAGAAAGGAGUCCCUCCUCUGGAAGAGUGGAUAUCAUCUACUACUCGGGUUAAAGUCAGACUGCAAAAAAAAAAAAAAGAGAAAAAUCAGAGUCGAUCCUAGGAUUAAAAAGAGCCGUUUCCCAAUAAAUUACGCAGGAUAAAUCCCGUGUUAUUUACAGAAUCAAUUAGUAGAUUGAUGUUAUUUUUUGGUUGGUUUUAGGAAGGGGAUCAUGGAUGGAUAGUUGGGGCGUUUUAUCUCAUCUCUGAACAGUUAAAUGAUCCACAGGACAAUAAAUCCUUAGCAAAAGGCAUCAAAACAAGCUGGGAUUUGAGGUCUGUUGCAGAGAAUAAGCGGAUAAACACACUUAAAUGUAUUAAUUUUUCUGCUCAUCAAUCCAAAAAGGAAGCAAAAACAAAUCAGACAUGGUGGAUUUCUCUGGAUCGCAGUGAGAGAUGACUGGAUGAGAUUAGUGUUGUGCCUUGGAAGUGUGUGAUCGGAGCUCAAAGCGAGCGGGGAAACUCUUGGAUCCUGAUCUUCCCUUCCAGCCUGCGAAGCACCGAGGCUUCCCUCCUCCUCCUGCGCUCUGAUUUCACCUCAGCGCAGAGCGGCACCAGCGAUCCGCAGGUUUAUCCACUGCUUUUACGCGCAAGGAUGAAACCGGGAGGUAUGCGUGAGAGAUCCCGGAACCGGCGGAUGAAGAUGGGAUCCAGGAUCGGGACAGCCCGGACUGGAAGUCUGCCUCUUUGCCUGAUGAUCCUUUUCCUCUGCAACUGCCACAUGUUGCACGGCCAAGAAGUGGCUCCCUACUUGCAAGGAGGAGAACGGGGGCAGCAGGUGGUGAUGGAGGGAAACAGGCUGGUGCUGACCUGUCCAGCCGGAGGCAGCUGGCCUCUGCAGUACAGCUGGACUCUGAACAACACUAACAUCACAGAAUGGACACCUCAGUACAGGUUGUCUAUGGCGUCUCUGAGGAGAACUGAUGCUGGCCUGUAUCAGUGCAUGGUGAGAAACAGGAUGGGAGCUGUAAUACACAGGAGAACAGAGGUGCAUGUUGCCUUUCUGGGAAACUUCACUUCUGGAGAGCAGAGAAAGACGGCAACUCAGGGCCAAGCAGUCAUCAUCAGCUUGCCUCCUUUAGCUUCUUUUCCUAAACCCGUGGUCACAUGGUACAAAGAUGGACACAAGAUCAUCCCCAGUAACAGAAUAGCAAUCACUUUGGACAAUCACCUAGUUGUCCUGGCAACCACCGCGGCAGAUGCAGGACGUUACCAUGUAGAGGCAGUGAACGAGAUGACAGGAGAGAAUGUGACGAGCCCUGCUGUCUACCUGAGCAUCUCAGGUCCUGAGUCAGAGCAUGUAGCGCCAGCAAUUGUGAUUGGACCUAAAAACACAACAGUUGUACUGGGGAAAGAGGCUACGCUGGAGUGCAUUGCCAACACAAGACCAGUUGACGGCCUUGCGGUGUCAUGGAAACGUGAUGGACGUCUGCUGGCCAGUGGGCAUCGGCUUAUUGUUCCAGUUGCCACCACCGCUGAUGCUGGGUUGUAUGUAUGUGAAGCGUUGUUUAACAACAGCACAGCCAAACCCAUGGAGGCCAGGGCAUACCUUACUGUAAUGGCGCCGCCUUCGCUGACUGUUCAACCUAAAAAGAAAAUCUUUGCUGAUCUCGACAGAAAUGUAGAAAUACCCUGCCAGGCUUCAGGCGUGCCACAGCCAAGGAUCGAGUGGUAUAAGGACGCAGUGCCUCUUUCCAAACUGGCAAACACUCGCUACAAGGUCAGCUCAGCCAUUGGACUGACGGUGCGUAGGGUUCAGCCAGGAGAUGGAGGAAUAUUCCAGUGCUUUGCUCGCAGCCCUGCAGGAGAGGCUCAGGCACACACCGAGCUUGUUGUUUCAAGUGUGGCUCCAACACUUCUGUCCCCUCCAUCUGACCAGACGGUAACCGAUGGCGACACAGCUUUGUUUACCUGUCAGAACAGUGGUGCUCCGAAACCUGCCAUUACCUGGAGGAAAGGAUCUCAGGUCAUAGCCAGCGGCUCAGUUCAAGUUCCCAGGUUCACACUUUUGCAGUCAGGUGGUUUGCAGAUUCAGCCGGUCAGUUUCCAGGAUUCGGGAGAAUUCACCUGUAUCGUGUCCAACUCUGAGGGAACCAUCAACGCCACUGCAGUGCUCACCGUGUGGAGUCGCACAGUUAUUUCUGUGCCUCCAGAGGACCGGCGUGUAAUCAAAGGAACCACUGCUGUUCUGGCCUGUAAUGCCACUCAUGACCCCAGAAUUAAUAUCAAUUUCAAGUGGGAUCGUGGCGGUGUGCCGGUGCUGGCGAGCAGCGGUGGCCGUGUUUCUGUGAGGCGAGGAUCUUUGACUAUAAGCCAGACCUGGUCUGGUGACAUCGGGGAUUACACCUGCAGCGUGACGUCAAAGGCAGGCAACGACUCCCGAUCAGCACGCCUGGAGGUCAUUGAACUACCGCAUUCCCCCCGCUCCCUAACGACUCGUCUCAAUGACUCAGACUCCCGCUCCGUCCACCUGUCCUGGCUGCGGCCCUUUGAUGGAAACUCCCCUCUGCUCUACUAUGUGUUGGAGCUAUCAGAGAACAAUUCUCCAUGGAAGGUCUACCUAUCGGAGGUGGAUCCCGCAGUGAGCGAGGUAUCGGUGGGCGGGCUUACUCCUGCCAGAACCUACCAGUUCAGGCUCUGUGCUGUCAAUCAAGUGGGCAGGGGUCAAUACAGCGCUGAAACACAGAGGAUGAUGCUUCGGGAGGAGGCGCCGAGCGCUCCUCCUAACAACAUUGUUGCGAGCGGUCGCACAAACCAGUCCAUUAUGGUCCAGUGGCAGCCUCCCCCAGAAUCAGAGCUUAAUGGUGUCCUCCGAGGAUAUGUACUAAGGUACCGUCUGGCUGGGUUGCCGGGAGACUACCAGGAGAAGAAUAUCAGCACCCCAGAAACUAACUACUGUCUGCUGAAGGACCUCAUCAUCUGGACUCAGUACCAGAUCCAGGUGGCUGCCUACACAGGAGCCGGCCUGGGCGUCUACAGCAGCCCUGUUACAGAGUACACCCUGCAGGGAGUUCCCACAGCACCUCCACAAGAGGUGGAAAUUUUAGCAAUAAACUCCACCACCAUCCGCUUCACUUGGAACCCUCCACCUCAGCAGUUCAUUAAUGGUAUCAACCAGGGAUACAAGCUCCUGGUGUGGCCAGAACAAUCUCCAGAGGAGGUUCGAUUGGUAACCAUCACUCCUGACUACCCAAGCUCACGCCACACAGGAUUAGUCAGCGGCCUCAGGAAGUUUACCUGGUACUAUGGCUCCACGCUGUGCUUUACCACACCUGGUGACGGUCCCCGCAGCGCACCCACCCUGCUGCAGACACAUGAGGACACACCUGGAGCUGUCCGCCACCUCAGCUUCACUGAAAUCCUGGAUACCUCCCUUCGAGUCAGCUGGGCUGAGCCAGAGGACAAGAAUGGCCUCAUCACUGGUUACGUGCUGUGGUGGGAAGUGCCCAGUGUAAAGGCAAGCCGAGUGGAGCGCUCCUUAUCCAAUUCCACCCUGCAGUACCAGCUGACAGGCCUUACUUCCACCACUGCGUACAUAAUUCAGGUGGCAGCUCUGACCGGCGCAGGACAGGGCGUGGUCACGUCGUCCACCAUCUCCACCGGCGUCCCACCAGAGCUUCCCGGGGCUCCUUCUAACCUUGUCAUCUCUAACAUCAGUCCUCGAACAGCAAUGCUUAGGUUUCGCCCCGGUUCUGAUGGCAAAACAGCCAUAUCCAGAUGGAUCGUGGAAGGACAGGUGGUGAAGGAGGACGGCAAGGAGGAGGCAUGGAGAGUCGUUUACCAGAAAGACAACGAGCCGAAUGCAGACACACUGGAGAUCCCCAGCCUGACUCCCUUCACUCAGUACAGGUUCAGGAUGCAGCAGGUGAACAUCGUCGGCUCAAGUCCAAUGAGCGCCCCCUCUAGGCUGAUUCAAACACUACAGGCUGCCCCUGACUCCCACCCCUCCAACCUCAGCCUCGUGUCUGCCACACAGACCAGUCUACGCUUUAACUGGAAGCCUCUUCUGGAGUCUGAGUACAACAGCAGCCCAGAAACUGUGGGCUACAGGCUUCGUGUGUGGAGGACAGAUGGGGACGGGGAAGACAGGAACGAGGACGUAUCGGGCGGAGUUGAAGCUAACGAAGCCACUAUAGAGGGGCUAAGUCCUUGGACUCACUAUCAGGUUCAGAUACAAGCCUUCAACUCCAUAGGAGCCGGACCAUGGAGCCAAACCGUUGCAGCAUGCACCACCGAAUCUGCUCCGUCUGGAUCUCCAGUGAAUGUAAGUGCUGAGGCAGUGAGUUCCUCCAGGAUCAUGCUCACCUGGUCUCCUAUUCCUGAGGCACAAAGGAACGGAGUCAUUAUCGGCUAUAAGGUCUUGUACAGUGAGAAAGACUCAGAUGGCCCGCCUAGUGUUCAGGUGGUAGAAGGAGACAAAAAUAUUACGCUGUUACUGCGUUCACUCCAAAAAUACACCAUGUAUGCAUUACAAGUGCUGGCGUACACAAGGAUUGGAGACGGCCCUCCCAGCAGCCCCGUCCUCCUCAGGACCAAAGAAGAUGUACCAGGGCCCCCUGUCCGCAUGAUUUUUCCAGAAGUCCGUCUGACAUCUGUUAGGGUGGUCUGGCAGCCACCUGCCUUUCCCAACGGCAUCGUUUUAGGCUACCAGAUAUCCUACCGCCUUCACAGCCGGGACUCUCUGCGAUGGUCCGUAGUGGAAGUGGGGUCUAAUGCUCGCCAGUUCACCGUCACAGGGCUCUCUUCUGAGCACACCUACGUGUUUCGCCUCAUCGCCCGCACCGCUGUGGGCUGGGGCCAACAGCAGGAGGCCUUGGUAGUUACUACUGAACGCAGAGAGCGUCCCCAGCCACCCAGGAAGCUGUCCGUCCCUCAAGAUGAGGUUGAAGCUCGCCAGCUUCACCUCUACUGGGUGACUGGUGGCUCAGGCUCCUCUCCACUGAGGUACUUCACUUUGCAGCUGAAGGAGCUGCCCAGCGGACCAUGGAAGACCCACACAGCCGACAUCCCACACAAUGUGACCUCCUGGACAGUCGACAGACUGAAGCCCUUCACAUCAUACAAGUUUCGAAUGUUAGCUACCAAUGACAUAGGCGACAGUGUCCUCAGCAAGGAGACGGAAGCUGUUACAACGCUGCAGGAUGUGCCUAAUGACCCUCCAGUAAUCCUCUCAGUAAAACCAACAACUACUACCUCAGUGAUGGUGCAGUGGAAGCGCCCCACUGAAGACAGCAUUAAUGGUGUCCUGACUGGAUACAGACUGUAUUACAGGGAGCUCCCUGCAAAUGUGUCCGCUGUCAGUAAUGUAGGAGGCCAGACAACCAAAAAUAUUACCACAAGUGCCCUCAUUACAACUAAGAGCACCUUCAAGACAGUCAGCAGCGCCUCGCUCACAGAGUUCGAGCUGACACAACUAAAGAAGUUCAAACGUUAUCAGAUUGUAAUGACAAGCUACAACAUCAUUGGGGAGAGUCCUCCGUCUGCUCCAGUCGAGGUGUCUGUUGGAGAGGCAGCUCCGUCGGUGGCGCCUCAGUCUAUCAAAGUGUCAGCCCUGUCUCCCUCUGGCCUGGAAGUGACCUGGGACAUGCCGCCCCUCGAGACCCAGAAUGGACUCAUCCAAGGAUACAAGGUUCAUUACUGGGAAAGAGAAAACCAAAACCAGACUGAGAAGGUGAAGGUGAUUUUUGUCCCAGAUACUCAAGUUCACCUCACAAACCUGACCAGCUACACACCUUACAUGGUCACAUUGACUGCCUUUAACACUGCGGGCGAUGGACCUCCCAGUGACCCCCGAGGGGCCCGAACGCUGCCAUCUGCUCCCAGCCAGCCGAGCUACCUGUCCUUCACUGAAGUGACGGGUGGGAGCGUCAACGUGUCUUGGGGAGCACCAGUCACUCCUAAUGGCCAAGUGGAAGGCUAUAGGGUUAUCUAUCAGCCCACUGCUCCUAUUCAAGGAGUGAACAAAGUGGUGACAGUGGAUGUGAAAGGCAGCUGGCAGCGAUGGCUAAAAGUUAGAGACCUGAUCAAAGGAGCAACUUACAUGUUUGGGGUUCAGGCUCUCACAGUCAGCUAUGGACCACCUAUACAGGCAAACAUCACCGCUCAGCCUGUGACAGGAUCCCCUGGGUCACCCGUGGAAAUGUCCAUCACCAAGACGUCGUCUGCCCUCACCAUCCACUGGUCAGAAGGGGAUACUGGUGCAGCGCCCGUUUCUGGCUACGUCGUUGAGGCUCGUCCUUCAGAUGAGGGAGUUUGGGAUUCCUUCAUCCGACUCCUCCCUGCCGACAGCAGGUCUGUCUCCGUGCCGCUGGAGCGCCUGAGGUCGGGGGUCAGCUACGAGUUCAGAGUCAUCGCUGUCAAUCGCUAUGGUUACGGACAGCCGAGCACACCCUCUGUGGCUCUUGCAGCGCUGUCGGAACGUCCCUUUUAUGAAGAGUGGUGGUUCCUGCUGGUUAUGGCUCUGGUUGGCCUCAUCCUCAUCCUGGUUCUGGUCUUUGCCCUGCUCCUGCAUGGACACAGCAGCAAGUACAAGGCCUGCGGCACAGGGAAGCACAUAACUCCUGGGGAGGAGUCGGUAACCCUCGACAACGGAGGUUUUACUUCUCUGGAACUAAACAGCAGAACGCUCAACACCAAGAACUCUUUUUUAAAAAAGAAUGGGACACGGUCUCCACCCAGGCCAAGUCCAGGUGUGCUGCACUAUUCUGAUGAGGAUAUCUGUAACAACUAUAACGGAGCCGUGCUUACUGAAAGCACCAUGCUUACAGAGAAACCCACUGAGGUCUCUGAAUCAGAGUUAACGGACAGCGACUAUGAGGACGAACAGCCAAAACAUUCCUUUGUCAACCACUACAUGAGUGACCCCACUUACUACAACUCCUGGAAGCGGCAGCCCAAAGGCCUCAAAGGGACGGGGAGUCCUUUCGCCUACGAGGAGUGCGCCACCGUUGACACGGAGCCCUACUACCAAACCGUGGUCACGCAACACAGCACAGGGGGAGCGUACACACCCACGGGACAGCCCGCGCACACACAUGUCAACCCCAGCACCAACCCACCGGGGUCACGCACCCCUGUGACAGGAUUCUCUUCGUUCGUUUGACUGUAGAGGGAAGCAUUUGCACAAAGAUACACAAACACACUCACACUAAUAAGGAAGGCAUGGGGGUGCGUCUGUGUGUUUGGACUGAAGGAACUGGGAACAACACAGCCCGUCACGCCCCAAAGACCUAAACCCACACGUCUUACUCGCCUUCCUCUCUGCUCAUUAAGACCCUGUGUUCAAUGUGUGCUCUUCUUCUAAGUGUGCUUAAGCGCACGGUUACAGUCCUCAUGUUCCACGAAUUCUCACCAGCUUUUUCCACAAGAUGCUCCUGCUCACUCUAAAGACUCUCCAUGGAGAUCCAUGGUGACUGCACCUAUCGAUUGAGCCGAUUAAUGUCUUUCUAAGACCUCCCUAGAGCCGGAAUAUGCUGGAACUUCUGCACAAAAACUUCUCAUCUGUUUUUCUUUAUCAUCACUUAAGUGCACAAGUUCCCACUCGUGCACUCUCUGAUGCACCAAUUUGCAUCUCCAGCAGAGAGACGAGAACUUAAAAGCUCACAUAAGUGAGCUGCUUUUCUUUUUUUUUGACGGACUGGUUCAUGCACUCAAACGCAGCGCUGCCAGCUUUGUGAAAUCACAGCUCAGAAGAAAGGAGAAAAAUGUUUGAUAAUCACAGCUUUUUGAAUUCGAAAAGGACAGAGUGAGCAUGAUCAGGUGUUUUGAGCACUUAACUGUGUUGUCAGAGUGUUGAGCAGUCUCUGAGAGUGAUGUGUUAUGUUUGAGUUGAAAUACAGUACUUUGGAAUACUUUUUUUUUCCUCCAUUUUGCCACAUUAUAACCACAAACUGCAGUUUGUUUGGUUGUGAUUCUAUACGAUACACCACCAUAAAAUAGUGUUUAAUUGAAAAGGGUAAGAAAAAGAAAAAAAUGGUUUGCAAACCAAUUUAUAGAAAAUCUGAAAAGUGUGCUGUGUGUUUGUAUUCAGUCCUAGGUCAGCACUUAUUAGUACCACAGUUUGCUGCAUAUACAGCUGUACAACAUGGUUCAGUUCUAUUUCAGAUUUGCAAAUCAUUAGAUUGAAAUUUUAUUUUUUUGCCGAAUAGCUGAAACUCACUAAGGUUGGAUGGCGAUUAGUUGUGCACAUCUUUUUUUAUUCUUAGCAGAGAUUCUCAAUGAAAUUUCGCUUUGGACUUGGACCAGUCUCCCAUCUUUGCAGCCUUCAGCCUUUUUAGCUAUCCCCGUGGAAGAAAAUAAUCCAUGCAGCAUAAUCCUGCCAGUCUUCUGAGAUCUUUAAAGUUUUGAAAUAUAGUUUUAUAACCAAACACCUCCUCCCUCAUCUUCCUGCUGUGUUCUUGAGUUCUCCUUGUGCCAAUUAUUCACUCUUUUCUAACGAAGAGAGAGAAAUGACUCACGUCUCUAUUGACCAAUCAAGUAACUCCUGCCUCUAAAGGUAUAACUGCAUUUUAUGAGGUAUCAAAUUAGUUUCCUCAUCUUAAAAGAGCACACCAGAACUUUCAGAUUUUUAAAAAAUACAAUUAAUUUUUUUUUUUUUUUUUUCCUUGCACUACUUUUUGAUGGUCUGCCACCUUAAGUCCCAAUAAAACACUUUGUAGUUUGUGGUUAUAAUCUCACUAACGAUGAAAAAAGGUGUAUGAAUACAUUCAAAAUGUACUGUAGAUAGAAAACGUGUUGUUUUUUUUUUUUUUACUUUGUAGCCUACUGCCCGUUCUCCUUUUACUGCAGCUUCCUAAGCCAUAAUGUUUGCACUGAGCCGAAACCCAAACAUUUCAUCUUUAUUCUGUCCAAGUGUUUGUUUUUCCAAAGCUUGAGUGUAGCACGUGUGCCUGUAGGCACACGUGUGAAACGGCUCUGUGCUCACAAUAGAAGCCCUCUCUCUUAUGUCCGUGAAGUUCACUGCUCAGCAAUGUGUGCCAUAGUGUGUGUAUGUGUGUGCGCAUGGGGGUUUGUGUUUUUAAAAAUGGAUUUUGUACAUUUAGACCCUUUUUACUUAAGUGUCGUAUGUAGUUCUGACAUUUAUUUUUUUCAGUUCAGGAGGAAAAUGAACACAGCAGAAGGUGUAAACGGCUGAAGGAGAGAAUGCAGGUCUGCUUUCACUGGAGAAAAAAAAAUCUAUAAACAUAAACAAACAAUAGAGAGAGUUUAGAGAUGUUUAAGAGGAGUAUUUUCUGGAUUUAGAAUCGUGAAGCUCCCACAAUUUUAGCCGGGCUUUAACUUUCAGGUACAAGGCAGCGGAUGAACUCUUCUAUUCUCCACAUGUAAACAGAACCCAUCUGUAAGUUUUUGCUUAUAUUUGAUUUCAAGGUUCUCUGGCCGAACAGCAGCGUUCCUAACUUUGCCAUGUUUAUGAAUAAAUGGUUAUUGUAUAA